AUGGCUAUUCGCGAAGACCUCGUGGCCUCUGCGGCGCAAUUCCUGCAGGAUCCCAGUGUCGCAUCGUCUUCCGUCGAGAACCGCAUCUCGUUCCUGCGAAGCAAGAACUUGACCCAAGAGGAAAUCGACGUUGCCCUGGCCCGAACAGGAGGCAAUGCGCCGCCUACACCGACUCCUUCGUAUGCCGGUGCUCCCGCCGGUCCUCCUCCUCCUCAACAAUACUAUCCGCCCUAUCCACAGCAUGCUUGGCAGCCGCCGCCUCCCCCAAGGAGGGACUGGCGGGACUGGUUCAUCAUGGCGACUGUAGUUAGCGGAGUUUCCUACGGAGUGUACUCUUUGGGCAAGCGCUACAUCUACCCCCUGGUGGCACCCCCGACGCCAGAGAAGCUCGAGCAAGAUAAGAAAUCGAUCGAAGAACAGUUUGACCGAGCCUUCACUCUUGUUGAGCAGCUCGCGAAGGACACCGAGAGCCUUAAGACGGCCGAAAAGGAGCGAACAGAAAAGUUGGAUGCUGCGAUUGCGGACCUCGAGACCGUCAUGACGGACCUCAAGGCGGCCAAUCGACGACGAGAGGAUGAUGCGAACCGAAUCCGAGAUGAGGUCCAGUCCCUCAAGGACGCGAUCCCCAAGGCGCUUGAGAACCAGAAGGGGCUGACCGAUGGCCGACUACGCGAGAUCAACACUGAGCUUACCAGCCUCAAGACACUGGUUUCGCAGCGCAUGUCCAGCAGCGCUUCGACUCCUACAAGCUCAAGCUUCUUGCGAGGUGCCGGCGGCAGUGUCAGUGGUGGUGCCAGCGGCGUCGGCAGCACGAGCACCCCGGCGGCUUCUAGCUCGGCCCCCAAGGCCAACGGAGAGAAGACCGGAGCCGAGUCCAGCACGACCACUCCCGCUGCUGAGGUUCCCAAGCCUACCCUCCCCUCGGCUCCCCUGGUCAACCGAUCCUCGUCGCCUCUUGCCAACAUGACUGGCAAGAAGUCUAUCCCGGCCUGGCAGAUGGCUAUGGCCAACCAGAACGACACCUCGUCGACUCAGGUCAAGGCGGACGAGCCCAAGGAGGCGGCUGCUAGCAGCUCCAGCUCUUAG